AUGGAUCUCACAAAGUUCACUGUACCUCAACUAAAGGCCUUGUGCAAGGAAAAACGCCUUAAUGGGUACUCGAAGCUCAAUCGGCAGGCGUUGCUCGACAAGCUAGCUGCCAACGCUCAGGCAGUCUCGCACGCUGCGCCGGCCGAAAAAACAUCAUCCUCCGACAUUACGUCCUGCGCACCUCCAUCCAGUAUAAGCGAGUCAUCUCCGCCAUCCGGAUCAGCAGCGACCGAACUCGUAUCUGGCUCAACCGAGAAUGUACUCAUACAACCAAGCUCGAUGUCUCAAUCAGAUAAUAGUAGCCGUAUCCGACCUACCACGUCGCCUCACCCUGGACGGCCUUCAUCUCCCUCUCCGAUGGGCUUUGGUGACGAUACGGCGAAGGAUCAGAUCGCCUCAGAAACAGCCACAAACGUCAUUCUAUCUGGCGCGGCGUCUUUUUCAGCAAAGGCAAGGCCUAUUGCAGCACAUUCCGACACGCCUCGCCCACCUAUCGCCGCGGUUCCCACAAUACCGAAAGAAAACGUAUUCAAGGUUCCUCCCGUCCCUUUCACUACGUCUUCUCCCGCCACUGCCCAGCACCCCGUCCCAAAGCCCGUAUCAAGCAAGCGCGCGCAUGAUUCCGACUUUUCCAUGGUGCCGGCCCGGCCGCGAUCCCGGCCAUCUGCGCUUGCGCCUGCUUCCUCCUUGAACCCUUCACGGAACGACGAACAGGUCCUUGGUUCGUAUACCAGUAAACAUGAUACUCAUCACUCCAACGAGCGGUCCGGCAAAAGAUUCAAACCUCUGGCAGUUUCCCGGCCGGUAGCUCAAAGGACAGUAGCGCUACAAUCUAUCCAGAAGCCCUUCGCUACAGAAGCCAACGCUCUCAAAGCGAGAACUGCUCUCGCACAUCUCGAUUUUACUCUCUUCAUUAGUCCCACGUCUCUAAGCAACAUAACACUUCCCCCAUCCAUUUCGCAACGAAAGAUUGUUCGUCGCUGGGCGAUCGUCCUCAGCGGUCUCUCGAAUGGGGAACGCCGAACGUGUGCACGCGUCUCGCGCAUGUUCCGUUACGCGGUAUACCUGUCUGCAAGCGAGAUACUCUCACGCGAGUACGCCGGCUCAAGAUUGGACCAAGCGCGCAAUCUUCACCCAGCGCCUACGACUAACUGGUGGCCAUACCUUCGCGAACGCGAACGCGAGAAGCUCGAGCGAUCGCGAGCGUAUGGGUCGUCCUUCCUUUCGAGGUUCUAUGGAUCGUGCCCAGUCUCGGAGCGCCUGCUUGGGAGUCCGGAUAACCCCAAACAGCUGACCGUCGCCUUCCGCUUCCUCCAAACACGGCUUUGGUUCACUCUGUCCAUCGGUGCCCUCGCAAACGCCGGUGGUGACCCACUGGCAUGGUUACGCUCAACCGUGGUCGGCGCUCAGGAGAUCGUACCGGGUGAGAUUUGGCAGAUCACGACGUCCACUUGCGAGUCGUUCUAUGUUCUCGAGGCUACUUGCGAAGUUAUUGGCCACCCACCCGGCUGUGACGGCGCCGUACCCACCAUGCGUGCAGACUGGAUGGAUCAUACAGCGGCCCUGGGUGAUGGAAAGCCGCUAUUACAGAGCAUGCGCUGGGCCCACAACGAAGAGUAUGAGCGCGGUUUGAGUAGACACUGGAUUUCCCGAACGAGACAUAUGAGCGAGUCGGGCGUUGCGCUGCGAGCUGUGGGCGAGAGAUAUACACUUGCAUGUGUAAUCUCCAAUAGCGUGAGCGGUGCCUGGAUGUCGACAACGGAAAUGGCGCAAGGGUUGUCGGGCCCAGUUCAAUCCAUACAAACGACCAAGAAGAAGAGCUCCAAGCAAACUCUUGGUUUGUUCCUUCCUGCUCACCACCACGUCGAAAGCGUGCACUUCACCGCAAUUGGUGACCAGUCUCUUCAUCCUGCUCUUGCCAUCAUACAAACACCAGCUCGCGAGUAUUUCAUCCUUCGCGAUAACGGCAUGCAGGUCGGCUGCGAGGAGGAUGGUGUUGUUGAGAUGUGGCAGAAGGUCCUUGGCUGCGAUGCACACGGGAAACCAGCAAGAGUGGGCGAGCGUAUCACGCUCGCGACGCUGACAGGUUCAAUGAGAUAG